AUGGCAGAGAGAGUCACAGGGCCCCCGGCGAGGGGCGACAACAAAUAUCCAGCUGAAUACACCAGCGAUGACCCAGAGCAGCAGCAGCAGCAGGUCGUCGAUCCUUCUGCUGCUGGGCAAGACUAUCCAGUGGAGAGAGUAGAGGCGGUCUACAGGAAGCUGGACCUCCGCAUCAUCCCAGCUUUCUGGGUCCUGUACUUCCUCUGCUCGGCCAUCCGCUCCAACAUCGGCCUGGCCCAGACCAUGAACGCCACGCAGGGCCACGACCUGGAGCAGGUUCUGCAUCUCACGCCCAAGGACGUCUCGACCGCACUGGCUCUCUUCUAUGUCUCGUAUGUCAUCUUUGACUGCCCGUCCAACCUCGUCAUGAGCCGCCUCAGCCCCCGUGUCUGGAUGGCCCGCAUCGUCCUCGCCGUCGGCAUCAUAGGCAUGUGCUUCGCCGCCGUCAAGGCCGCCUGGAGCGUCAAGCUCCUGCGCUUCCUGCUCGGUGUCGUCAUCGCAGGCAUGUGGCCUGGCAUGUCGUACUACCUGACCCUGUUCUACCCGCCCUCGAGGACGGGCAAGCGUAUCGGCAUGUACUUCAGCGCGGCCCAGAUCUCAGCCGCCGUCGUGGGACUCGUGUCGGCCGGUUUUCAGAAGAUGGACGGCAUUCGUGGGCUCGUUGGCUUCCAGUGGAUGUUCAUCGUCUACGGCGCACUCGCUGUAGUCCUCGCUAUUGUGCUCCUCUGGUGGCUCCCCGACCGACCCCUCCCGCCUGGCGAGAGGCGUGUUAAGAAGGGCCUGAUGCGGUUUCUCCCAGCGCCACCCGAGGCUCUCAAGGGCGAGGAUGCUCUCGUGCACUACCAAGACCUCAGAAGGGUCUAUCACCCUCGGCCGUGGGCCUGGAAGGACCUAGGCUACGUCCUGAUCGACUGGCGCCUCUGGCCGCUGGUCUUGAUGUAUUUUGGCGUCGUGGGUGUCGGCAUCGGAACCCAGCUCUACGGAAACGUCAUCAUCGCCGCCAUCAACCCAGAGUACAGCGACAUCGAGGUCAGCCUGCUAUUUGCGCCCAUCUGGAUCAUGGACUUUUGCGCCAUCCUCAUCGUCACGCCCAUCUCGGACCGUUUCCACCGCCUGCGCCCGAUCUUUUUCUCCUGUGCAGUCCUUCUGCAGAUCGCAGGCCUCCUCACCGUCACCUUUGCCCUCGGCAACUCGUGGGCCCGCUACGGUGGCCUCUUGAUGGUCGGGUUUGGCCUGGGCCCCACGGUGCCCAUCUGCAUGACCUGGACCAACGAGAUCUUUCAGCGGCGCCAUGGCGAGGUCGGCGUUGCCGCUGCUUCGGCACUCGUUUCCGGACUGGGCAACCUCGGCAGCAUCACCACUACGUACGCCCUGUACACCGGUUGGCCUGCCGACGCGGCCAGCGGGCCGUAUCAAUACCGCAAGAGCAACUUUGUCAUGAUUGGCAUCCUGUGUGUCAGCAUCGUCAGCAGCUUUGCCAUGUGGCUCCUGCUGCGCGCCUUUGGCAACAAGCCCAGUCACAAGAUCUCGAGCAGCGGUAGCUCGACCACCGACUCGGUGGACGACUUCCAGGACGGGGCUGCGCGCCGUGAGCUCCAGCAGCGCGGCUUUGGCAGGGUACGAUGGGGCCGGAGGUCCUAG